CAAAAAUAGAAGAUCUUUUAGAAGAGUCAGACCCACCACCACCACCGCGGACUUUUAACGAUUUUCCGGUUGUCUCGUCCGAAAGCGGGGAAACCUUUUUCGCUUUUGAUUAAAUAUUCAGUCCAUAAUGCUUAGAGGUUCGGACACCUUUUUAAUUCCAAGUUUUUCAAUAAGACUAUGAACAAUCAACUGAUAAACUUAACUGGAACAGUUUUGAGGAAUUUGGAGGGGCCUUCCUCCUAAACAUCUCCCGAAAAAGGCCCUUUUCUUCUUCUUUCCUACUAUUACGAGUUCCUUUGCUUUAAUUUCUGUUUUCCCUUUCUUCCAAUCCACAUAACAAAAACAUCUACCAACUGGGAAACUGUGUUAUCCUUGCUGAAAAUUCAGUUGGGGGGCCGAGGUUGCUAAUGGAGGCGAUAAAGAAGCAAGCAAGUAAAUUACGAGAACAAGUUGCUAAGCAGCAACAGGAUAUGUUUCCAAGGUUUGUUCUGGAAGAUGUGUUUUCCAAGGGUGUUGUACUCAUACCACUUACUUUAUGGCAGACAAUUUUGAGACAACUGGGACAGCUGGGCCAUGAGGCAGUAAUGAUUGAUGACACAGAAGUGGAGUCUUAUCAACAGCUUGAAAACUUGUACAAAUCUACAAGAGCAGCUAAGCAUUUUCAAAGAGACAUUGUUCGUAGCUUGGAAGGAUUAAUUUCGACAAGCAAGAAACAGAUGAAUACAACUAGAAAGUUGGCAGAAGAUUGUUGCAAAUAUGGGAUUGAGAAUCAAAGUGAGGCUCUUCAACUUGCGAGGGCUGCUUCUUGUUUUGGCACCGCACAUGUUUCAAUGGAAGAUCAUAGGGAAACCAUGCUUGGGAUUCUUUCAAGACAGGUUUGUGAACCUUUACGGGCUUCAAUUGCUGGAGCUCCACUAGAAGAUGCUCGCCACUUGACUCACCGCUAUGACAGAGUCCGUCAGGAGUUUGAAGCUCAGGCAGCUGAUGUAUUAAGGCGGAGAUCAAAAUGCAAAGAUUCUUCUGCAGAGAGCGUCAUUAAGCUCAAAAGUGCCGAAGCAAGAUUGACCGAACUUAAAUCUUCAAUGUUGGCACUUGGGAGAGAAGCAACUUCCGCUAUGCUAUCAGUCGAAGAUGACCAACAACAACUUACUUUUCAGAAGCUCCUUACCAUGGUAGAUGCAGAGAGAUCUUAUCAUCAGCAUAUUGUUGCUCUAUUGGAGAAGCUUCAUUCUGAGAUGAUUCUGGAGGAGCAGCUAGCUGAGCCUUCACAGGAUCUCUCACCUCCGCUAAAAGAUAACAUUUCAUCUCAAAAUCAUGAUACGGUAAUCAAGUCUGCUUGUUUGCGAAGUGCAGAUGGGAAUGAUUCCUACUUUAUUGGAAAGGUUAUACACUCAUUUGAUGCCCAAACAGAUGGUGAGCUAAGCCUUGCUGUUGGUGACUAUGUUGUCGUCAGACAGGUUGCUUCCAAUGGAUGGUCCGAAGGAGAAUGCAAGGGAGAGGCUGGAUGGUUUCCUUCAGCAUAUGUAGAGUGGAAAGAAAAAGUUCCUGUUAGCCAAGUAUCUUGA